CGUUCUCCGUGGAAUCAACUGAAGAUCGUUUCUUUAUUUCAAAAUCCCUCGUGAGUUUGACGCGUUUUUUCACAGUCGUUUGCGGAUUAUUUAGUUGAGGUGUGGUGAAAAUCAUUUCGAUUUUUGGAACAGACAAGCUGGCACCCGUGUCGGGGAAUUGCGAAACUGGAGAUCGUUGAAAUGGACAGUGGCCUGGAAGAUUGAACUAUAUUGUUACAUCAAAAUUUUGCCGUUGUUAAAUUAAAAAAUGAGCCAUACGCCGUUGUGCUCGAAAGAUUGUAAUAUCAAACACCACGAUGUUGUUACUUCGCUUCAAGCUGUCGCCCCCAGAUUUAACUCGUGUGGCUCGAAUGACUCUUUUCCCGGCCCUGUUCGGGCCACGCGUGGAAACAACAAGGAGGACUUCAAAAAACAUGUCCAAAAGCUUGUUUCUGAAGGAUGGUCCAAAGAUAAGGAAGUUCCUGAACCAUUUCAACUUUUAAAGCUUCCUCUUCUGCACUUAGCGAGUAUGUUUGGAAAGCACGAGGUUGUGGAAUGGUUAUUGAAUGAAGAAGGUUACGAUGCAAAACUUCAAACGUCUAUUUCAGGCGAAACGGCUUUGCAUCUUGUUGCUCGCCACCUUUACACGGCAUUGUCUCCAUCUGGAUCUCGCCUUGAAAACAUGAGCAUCACUGCCAAAGUGGCUAAUUUUGAGAGAGUUGUUUCCCUCUUGAUCGAGAAAGAAGUAAGCCUUUUCUGGGCCAAGGAUGAAGUGAACCGUGAAACCCCUUUUCACAUUUUAGCCAAGCAACUACUGCAAGCUUCCUCAGGCUUUGUCGACGGGGAACUGGAAAAGGAGGAUCUAUGUUUGUCAUUUUUUUCAAACAGUCUUGAUGUGACCCUGAAACUUAUGCUGGCCGAGGAGAAAACAAGGCUAAACAGAAGAGAUGUAAAACACGCUCUAAGCAUAAAAAACUCUGAGGGUAAUACUGCUUUGCAUUACCUGGCUCAGGCAUUUAGGCAUGGGUUUCUGGUGCUUAGAUUCUUGGUCAAGUCCUUAGGUAACAAUGACCUGCUGAAAAUCAAAAAUUCAAGCGGGCUUUCAGCGAUUGAUAUUGUUAAUCAAGUUUACCCUGGCCAUGAAAAAGACUUGCUUAUUGAUGAGGAAGGUAGGUGUACUGCUCCUAAUUCCUAGAUUUACAGUAUUAAUAUUUCUAUUUCAAACGGAUCAUAAAACUAUGCUGAAGUUGCUGAAAGCUUGUUGAAGGCAAACAAGUUGAGUGGGGUGUGAAAGAAAACACCCCAUCUCAUAGCAAUCGGAGGCAGGCAAAGUUAGGUAAGUGCAUGGUGUUGUGAUUUGCAAAAACCUUGACGCAAAAGAAAAACCAAAAAUCCCAUCAUCUUGUAGUUUCCUGGUGGUAAAGGACAUUUCUCCCUUGUACUAUGGCACAUACAUGUACCGUCUAGAGGCCAGUAUUCAAGGGCAGAUUUAGGGGUGGGCCCUGCCCCCCCCCCUCCCCUUUUUUGUGGUUUAUUAAAUAUUUCAGUGCUACAUGUUCAAUAUGGAAUCCAGGCAUUUGCUAAAUUUAAGCAUCCAGAAAGCACUAGAUUGCACCUCAGAAAACUUCAAUUGCAAAAGUUUUCCCGGAGGAACAUGUGCCCGAAACUCCCUAGAAAAGGGCGCCGGUCGCAGUGCUGAUGGGCGCUAUCAUGCCCAUAUUGCCACCGUAUCUCUAGGCCCCCAUCUAUCACAAAAUCCCCUAUCUGCCCCUGGUACUGAACUUACAUCCACAACAGGAACAAACACGACUGACGUACAUGCAAUAUUAUAGGCAACCGCUGACCAAAGUAUCUACCAGCAGUUGUAUCGAGUGAAUUAUUGAUUUAAAGGAUUGAUAGAUUAAUGGUGCUUCUGUAAAUGUGGGUCUCAGAGAACCGAACAGCUACAACAUUGCAAAGAGUUUACAAAUUAAAACAAUAACCACGGAUUAAAAUUUAAUAAAUAAGAGUGAUAAGAUAGAACUAGAUCGAUAAGAGCAAUGUUGAUUGCAUAACUAAAAAGGAGUAGAAAUUGUUGUUGUGUGUUGGGGUUGUGGUUGGUGAUAGUGCAGGUUCCUAAUAGGCUCUUUCAGAAUCUGGCAUUUACUUGGCUAGGGUUCUGGAUUUCAGAUUAAAGGAAAGCAAGAUUCAGGAUUGCAAUAUGAAUAAUUAUGAACAGGACUGUGUGAUUUUAUGGUUUAACGUUAGUUUGGUCCAGACUAUGAGAUUAAAGAACACUGUUAGUCGAGCUAUUGAAGCACCCGUUUCUGGACUGUCUUGAAGCUGAAUGGAUUCUGGAAUUUGUUUACUUGUCAAAGUCUGUUUACACUGGAGGUCAAGCUCGGUCUGUACAAGACUGUUUUCUCCCCAUAAAAAGAGGUUGUUAUGAUGGUAUCAUGGACAGUCUGCUAUAUUUUCAUCUUGUUUAUGUUUCUCUCUCUGUUUUAGUGAAGAAAAGAGCUUAUAAAGUUGUCAGCAAAAGUUAUCAGAACACGGCAGGCAAGCAAAUGAAUCUUUUAGAGGUUCUUCAUACCAGCGGCCCAAAUGUUACAUCAAGUAAUUCAGCGGCAAAGAGUGUAGUUGGUGUUGAAACAGCCACUGCUAAUAGCUCUGUCAACAGAUGUGCAAUACACACAGAGUUGUUCCCAGGUUUGUGCUCUGCUGAUUGCUGUGAAACAAUGGAUGCCGUUGGCACCCUUGUAAAUACCCAUACACCUCUUUGUCCAACUGGCUGUGAUCUGCGCCAUCAUUUGUUAACAAGUGCUGUCUUCAGUUCCUCGGUCAUGUUCCGUGCAUACAGUGACCACUGUGUGCCAGUGACCUUUAAGCUAUGCAUUCAAGCUUGUUUAAAUGCAGGGUGGGAACGUGACAUGAUUGUUCCAGAUCCACUGAGUUGCUUGCAGUACCCAUUGUUGCACUUAAUCUGCUUGAGUGGAAACUGCAUUGCUGCUACCAAAGUCAUCGAGGAAAUGAAGUUCAGUUAUUCUGUGUCUCAUCAAAGUAAAGAGACACCUCUCCAUGUCGCUGCUCGGUAUUUUCCGGUUGCCUAUGCAGAUGGCAAAUUCACAAGUUCCCACAAGAUAAUUGCCAAGUUUCAGGGCAUCCUUGACUUAUUUACUGAUGACAAAAAUGGCAUGUUAUUCAUGGCUGAUGCUAAUGGAGAUACAGUGCUGCACGUAUUGGCUGAUUGCUUAAGUACAACAUCAGCUCUUGUCAGCGGAAGCCGUGGCUUAAGUGGAAGCCAUCGGAAGAUUUUGGUCACACAGAAACGCUGCUAUUUUGAAGCCAUUAAGCUUUUCCUAGAGACAAUUGCUGAUCUCAUAUUGAGAGAAAAAGUUUCCAAGGAGGUGAUUGGAAAAUUUGUCUAUGACAAAAAUAACAACUCUAGAACAUUCUUGGAUCUUCUAGAUGCAUGUCCUGACAAAGUGAUGCUUCAGGUUUUCAGUCUCCAAGCCAGGGAGCUGCUGCCGUUUUGUUUUGAACAGUCUAAAUCACAAAGCCGCAGCUGUCAAAUACAGUCUUUUGAGAUAGAAGGUUUGUUGCUUUCGCAAGUGUUGACUUCAAUGUGAAGUGUGCAAUUGAUCACAGCCAGUUAAUUAAGCUUAUCUUUUUUAAGUGUACAGUACAUGUACACUCAGCACCUCCCCUGACAGGUGUGGGAACUUCCAUAACCUCUGGCCAGAAUAGUUUUUACAUCCCAAAACUCAGCAAGGACAAUCUGUAAAAUAAGAGCUUACUCAACAAUGAGAUAAGGUUGUACUUGCAUUUGGAGAGUGGGAGAGCUCAUAUUUCAACCAUGGUUUGAGUAAAGUGUAUUGCACCUAUCCUUAGAGGAAUGUUAUUCUUUGUAUUGAGCAGUAAGGUUAUAUUGCUCUAAAACAAGAUCUGGCCCUUUAUUUUCCUCCUUUUACUAAUACAUGUAGUUUUUGUAGAACAAAAGGAAGCUCUCUGUUGAGUUGCUCUGAGUAAAUGUGGGAGAAAUAAUAUUUAUUCUUCUUGACAUGUAAUGAGAGUUAUGGCUUUCAAGCCAGCAAUUCAAGAUUUUGUAUCCUUCCUGUUCAGAGCAUCUUCUUUACUGGUCCUUUACAUUACAGCAUUUUGUAAAUCUGAUUGUCCGUGAGAAGUUGCCCAAUGGGCAGGGCUCUAGGCAAGAUAUCUUGAAAUUAAAUUGUUACCUAAGUCUAGCAAGCAAUAGCCCUGGGCAAGCAAAAUAUGAGAGCUGCUUAACAAUAAAAUACAUGAACUUUUGUUGCACAUCAUUUGCCUUUCAUUGUACUGAUCAUUAGUCAUUCAGUCCAUUGUUUGAGACACUUUUGCAAUUGUUUAAAUGAGGGGAAUGUGUUGCUUCUGUUCUUACAAAUUUAUCAAACAAUGUAUAAUCUCCCUACUGUCUCAUGUCUGAGUGAAGAACCUGGCAGGAAAAGAAGUGUGCAAUAUAUCCAUCUAUUAAUAUUAUUAUGUUGUCACCUUUCAGAAGGUGGUUGUCCUGUGCAAGAUCUUGUCUCAUCACCAUCAAGUCUGCCUUCAGCUAUGGAGGUCAGGAACACCAAUACACUGCAAUAUCAGCCUGUUCCACCUCAAGUGAUUCCAGUUGAGUCUCCUCCCCUUACUGGUGUGGUACACAACCCUAUGUCACCUACACGACCACAAGCUCAGGUCCAAAGCAUUCAGUUUUCAGGACAACCUGCAUUGACAGGUAUGUUGUAGACAGAUACAUACACAGAAUAUAUCUAUCACAUGUGUUGUUUGAGUGUGAGGGAGGGGCUAGUGCAGAUUGAAAGUGUAUAUGACAUUUUAAAACUGAUCUUCAGUCCAGAAUAUCCCUAACAUUAGGGACAGGGCAAACUGGUCAUGCGACACUGUUCAACCAAUGAGAAGGCGCAUUUUUGUUUACCAAAACAUCAACCAGGUGCUCAAAAAUUUUUCACAAUGGCGGAGGGAGGCAGACAGAGCAUUGUUAUUUCGUCUUCCUUUUAAGAGAUGCUGAGAGUACUCGUCUAGGUUUCACAUUAUUUCAAAGAAACCAUUUGAUGUAAGAGAAUAAGAGUAUUAUUCAUUGCUAGGAAUCACUGGGGUGUUUGAAUAUUCCAGACUGAUUGCAGAGGUCGUGGCUUCAGUGGCAUGGCUUGCAAGAUUUUUGAUAGAAGCAAACUGGUCCCGAGUAAAAAUAGCCGUAGAGAGUGUAUGAAAAUUUCUUGAAAUCGUACAAAACAGGAAUGGUACCAUGAGAAUCAAAGAUCAAGUCAUCAUAACAAGAAUUAAAAAGUAGUUCACACAUGGAGUUCAUGCAUCUGGUGCUUUCUUUGCUUGUUGUGGUACCUGCAAGGUUAAAAUCCAACCCAGAUUAUCGGUGUUCUAUAAGUAGCGAAAUACAUCUUUUACAGUUGAAAUUUGCCUUCUUUCUUUGAUUUUUUUUAAACUGUGGAUGAACAUUGGAGAAUCCAACAAUAAAUAAAUCUUUUCAGAUUCGGUGAAUUUCAGAAACAAGGCAGUUAGUAUCUACCUUGGAGUUGCACUUAUGAUCUUUAAUUUUAUCCCAACAAAUUCGGCAAAGUGAGGCGAGAUGUUAGACGAGAUGUUGAACUGCUGACCAGCAUUGCUUUGAGGUUAACUUCGCCUAAAUUACAUUUAGUCAUGUAAUAUUAUUUUAACUAGUGCCUUUAGCACAGGUUUCAUUUUUUUAAAAAAAAAAAGUUGAUUAUUUUUUUUUUGUUAUCUAUUUAUUAAUUUUAUUAUCGCUAUUUAGGUUUUUUUAUUUCAAGAGUUUUUAAAGGUCUCAAUUCCCAUCACUUGGAAUCCACAGUGUUCCCCACCCAACCCUCACCCUCCAUUCCCUGGGGAUUUGUUGAACUUUAAGUCAUAUUUUGAGCUGCAAAGCUAUGAAUAUUAUGUCAUAGUUAAACCUCAUUCUGAUCACAAACUUUCUCCAAUUGAUCACUCCUAGAGAACAUUUUGCAAAAUGAAGUUUGGUAUUAAUUUUUUUUUCUGGAAUUUUGUUAUUUGAUGUUCUUGGCUGCAAAGGGUUAAGCUCAAUGCAAACUCAUCGACUCCUCCAUCUUGACAGGUAACCCUUCCCAGCAAAUCUCGGCUGUUGCACCUCCUGCACAGCACAUACCAGUGAUCUUCAUCAAGGACGAGCCCCUUGAUUUGCAGCCUGAUGCCCAAUGCUUUUAUUCUGUCAACAACCAGGUUGUUGGCUUCCCACAGGGACAGAAGAGGUCCAUCUUUCAUCCUGCCUCUACUGUUACAACCAUAGGUCCCAACCGUUUAUCAGUGCAAGCAACUGGAAGAGGUGUUGGUCAGCAAAUGCUCCCACUGGUUCCCCAGUCUUUUAGAGUAACUCCUGUGGAAAUAGUCAAUGCACACCAGACUCCUGUCCCCACCCACUCUACAGGAUCAGGAUCAUUGCAAAAUACACAGUCUGUAGACAGUACUUCGCAGAAUUUAAGAGGGAGUAUUAAUGAUGCCUCCAGAGAUCACUUUCUGCUACAAUCAAUGGAUAGGAAUAGGAUAGAAAACUCAACCAUUGAAGAAUCUCUUCAACUAAAUGCAGACACAAGCACAUCUUAUACCAUAGGUUAGUUUCUCGGACCUGGGUUCUAGCCAAACUGAUUCCUCCCUAUAAUUAUUUAAAUUGUGUGGUUCCAGGUAAUAUCCAUACCCCCUGCCCCACGGAAGUUUAUUAGAAAUUCCAAAGGGGAGGGGAGUGGUUCAAAGGCAGUAAUUUCCAAGGGGUGGGGGGGUCCAUGGGGAAACUACUCUUCCAAAGGGUGAUGAACCAAUUACAAAACAUUCAAUGAAAGCAACGUAUGAUCGAUCUGAAGCACAAAAACAUACUUAUGUACGUUGUUUUGAAACAAAAGUCAGUAUUCCUGGCCAUUGAGAUGAGGUUAACAUCAUUAGCUUUAAAGUUCGAGUUAUCUGAGUUUAAGGUAUUGAGGUUCUACUAUAUGUCUUUUGUUUUAUGUGAUAUAAAGUUCAACCUUUUUUUUGUGAUGUCUGACCAAAAUUUUGUUUUGUCCACCAACAUUGUGUCUUAAUAGGACAUAUGUCCUUUCAAGAGAAAAAUAUUAUUUGCAGCCCUGGAUAGUCAAAGGAGCUUGAAACACAACAUUCGACAGAAUCAAAUCUAAAACUUAAUUUGCUUUGCAAGUUUUGAGAAACAGUAUACUGCUGACAGUAUUUCACCAAAAUCUGACCCUGUCAUGUUUUAUAAGCGUAGAACCAUAGGCAUGUUAAAAAUUAAUACAUCUGUAAGGCUGUGCUCUAAGGAAAAAUUUCAGGGAGCCCUUCGGGCUCCUAAGCAUUUUAGUUAAGGCGCCCAGACCCCAAAGUCGCCCAAAUAAAAAUUUCGGGGAGCUCUUUGGGCUCCCAAGCAUUCCAGCUGGGGUGCCCAGGCCUGUCAAGUUGGUCGCCCGAGUACAUCUGAUGAGGAAGUAUCUUGUAUGCACACAAAUCUUACUGGCCUGGUGAUCACCAAACUCGGUAAUUUUAGCUUUUCGGUUUGACAAAAACACGCAUGUUGUCUUAUGAAACCCGUCAAAGUUUUUGUGCCAUUCAGAUUUAAAACCAGAAACGUGAGCAAUGAUUUGUUUAGGUUUUAAAGAGGAAAAAGUAAAAAAUUUCAGCAGGUUUACAUAAACUUCAUUAAGAUCUUUGGGUCAAACAUAGGAAAACUGUGCUUUUUAUCAGUAAUACUAUACUUGAAAAUAAAUUUUCAAAAGGUGAAUCAAUGCGGCAUGAAAUACAAUGUAAUGGAGUUUUAUACUUGGCAGAUCGAACUCAAGUCCCCGUGAAAAAUUCCGUGAAACAGUGAAACCGCCGUGGCCCCAAGCCUAUUGUUUUAAUAAAAAAUGAGUCCCCUUUAAUUUUCUUUUCGUGGGUACGGUGGUAUCUUGUCUUUUUAUAUUUCGUUAUUUUAUGUAAAGGGAAGAAAACAAUCAUAAGUUAUGUUUAGCCAAGCAGACACACCAGCCAAAAACCGUAAAAACAUUACAUUUGCAUUCUGGUCAAUACAGCAACUUUUAUUGCUGUUUUAUACAAAAAUAAAUUGCUCCGUGUUGCCAGCCGCGCUCUACGUCUGUCAGAAAAGUAUUGACAGUUUCUCCUAAAAACUGUACUUAAUGAACCAUUCUAUCUGAAACAAAAAAUUUUAAAACUACUUUAGAGAUGGUACAAAUCGAAAUCCGUGCUGCUUGUCACGUUCAAAGUGAUGGAUUAUGUUACUUGUGAAAUCAGGUAAAACAACCUUUGAACAUCGACGCACGCCCGUUUCUUUCGUACAACAUUCGUAAAGACAUUUUCUGUAGGGUUUAGUAAACUCUGACUCAACAAGCCAACACUAGUAUGUUAAAUUUUUCUGCCCGAUUAACUGAACACUGCAUCAGAAGCAAGAGUGCACGACCGGGCGACUGGGAACUUUUUUUCAGUUGCCCAAAGCUAAAUGUUAGUCGCCUCAGGCGACCAGGCGCCGUUAGAGCACAGCCUUGCAUCUGGCAAUUUUGUGUAAUGAGGUGAUUUAUAGGGUUCGUAUGGGAACGGAAACAAUUCGAAAAAACUCGCCUCAUCUUAGUCCGUCUUGGGGCGGGGUGUAAAAUUAGUGCCCUGUCGACCUCAAGUGUAUUAGUUAUUAUUACUGUCACGAGUUAUUGAUGUAAAAUAUGUUUGCUUUACCUUUACGUUUUUACCUCUACUGAAGUGGAUGUAAAUAAUUUAAUAUGCACUAUGUCACCAACACUGGGGUAGUGUGUACCACUCAAGUUGUACAAAAAUUAAUUAGUUGUCCUGAAAUCUUGUGGGCCAUGUGAUAUGCGAUGCAUAUUAAUGUCGCAAAGUAACAUGGUACAGACUGUAACUCAGGCGAUCAAAAUUGGUGACUUCAAAACAUUCACAGAUCUUCAGAAGUAAAACUCCAGUGUUGUUGGAUUCAAGACUCUCUGAUCAACAAGAAAGUGCAAUUCAAAUCUUAAAUGUAUUAAAUGCUCUCUUCACUCUUCAGCAACCAACAUAAAUUCUAGUAAUCGGGGCCUUCUUGACCCCAUUAUCUUAACCAUUUUAAUAUAAUGGUGUCUAACAAGGUUUUUUUUAUGUCAUAAAAAUGCAAUGCAAAUUCACACUUAAUGCCAGAUGAUCUCUUUCCUUUCAGAUAAAUGGCACACUCCCAUGUGCAAUUCAAAGUGCAUCAUUGAACACCAUCAUCUUGUCCUAACACUGUGUGGUCACUCAAACAGAACCAACUACAGAAAAAAUAGAUUUCAUCAAUCCCAGUACACCAGAUCCAAUUUUGCCCACUGCAUAAGGAAGAACCUUAUUGAGGGUUUCAACAAGAACGCUGAUGUUUUAGAUGGAUUAGAGAAAUUGCAAUUACCCCUUGUUCACCUUGCUGGCAUUUUUUUUAAGUAUUGUGCCAUAGAAACCUUGUCAUAUUUUGGUUUUGAUUUAAAUGUGCUUUCACAAAAAACUGGUGAUUUUCCCCUGCAUUCAGUUUUGAGACAUAACUAUGAAGGUAUGAAGGUCUACAAGGGUACAACCUUCAUGAACACUACCUAUGGAGAGAAGGUAUUUACAAAGGUGUUGAAUUCUCUCACAAAUGGGCUUAAUGCUGUUGAGGUCCUGUCACAACAAGACCGAAAUGGUGACACACCCUUCCUAGUCGCAGCCAAGUGUGUGAUUGACACAUCUGUUCAUGACACUAUGCAACAGGUCAUUACAGCAUCAGAAAUUCCUGAUUCUACCCAGGAAUGCAGUGGGAGUAAUUCUCAGAUGGGCAAAUCAUUGAACAACUCUUCAGGAGUCUGCAAUGCUAUGAAAGCGAACAAACAACAACACCGAGCUGAUUUUCACAUGGGUUGUAUCGCAGUCAUGAUUCAAAAACUUCACGAGUCCAGUAUAGUAAAUCACAAAGUAGACCUAACUCUUGCAAAGAAAGUUCUGAUGGUAAAGAACAACUGUGGAGAAACAUUUCUACAAGUUUUGUGCAAAGAGCAUCACAUUGCAGCAGCUUGUAUCUCCAAGGUACUGUCCAAAUUUCCACUGGGCAUUUUAAUUGACUGUGCAAAAGAAUGCAUUCCUGAGUCCUGUUGGCCAGAUUGCGUUCGUUCUGAACGACGUUCAGUCAAGCAAAGGGAAAUUGCAAAUCUUGCUUACACAAGUGGAACUGUCAACUCUGCUCUGGAAACCACUCCAACUUCGAAGAGAAAAGGAGGUACAGUACUUCUCAGUUGCUUUUGCAUUUUAGCCAGAGAAAACAGCUGACAUGUUGUGAUGCCACUACUGGUUUUCCAACAAAAUGACAUCUGGGAAACGAGUGCAGAAAGUCAUACUGAUAAUGCAUGUACCCAGAUCUGGGUAUUGCUUCUGAGUGGCUGAAAAUUUGCUUCAGCCAAUAAGAAACACUAACCAUCUGGGUAGUGAUGUAUUAUUAGUACAGAAUUUCUGCAACUAUUUCUCAGAUGUCAUUUUGUGGGGAAACCAGUGGUGGCGUCGCAGCAUGUCAGCUGUUUUCUCAGGUUAAAUUGUAUUCCUGUUUCCUGGAUUUUAACCUUUUUGCUCCCAAGAGUGCCUUAAGUUACAACUUAGAAACACCAGCCUGCAAUACAGCCUGUUUUCAUUACUCUCUGCUGCUGGGGACAUUUUUUCAACAACAACAAUCUUUAUUGUGUUCUUGAUACAAAAGAAGGAGUAAAGUAAUUUAAAGGAAAUAAUUGCAAAAAGAGAGCACAGCCACUCAGAAAUAGCAAAAGCUAAUCGUGCUAAGUGGCUGGGCCAAGAGGGAAAAAAAACAUUUAAAUAGUAAGUAGAUAUUUAAGUUGUAAUAAAUAAACAAAUGCAUACAUGGUAGAGAGCAAUGAGAGGGGGCUGUAUUAACAGACUCAGAAAACACCCUAAACACCACUGAAGAUGUGAGAACACCUUGUCAAUUUGCUGCUGAAAAUGUCUCAUAGUCAAACUAAAAGAUUUCAUCAACAUGCUGGCCUAGCUCAAAUUUUGCAAUUGAUCACAAAAUAAUUGGAUUAACCCAAGCAAUCAAUCAUUGAUUAUCCAAAAACUUGUCAUAGAUUCAUUCAGUGCUUUACUUUGUCACAUAUUUUGACUGAGGAUUUUGUUAUAGAUGCCCAGCCUUCAAAGCCAGAGUCACCAAGGUGGUCUUCAGAUGCAAGAAUGACACAGCCUUCACCAACUACAUCCACAGUAGAUUCUGCAAUGGAUAGUGCUCCAUGGUCCUAUUCUACACCCCUUUCAGCCACACCUUUACACAAGGAAGAACUUGGAUCGGUUAGCCCUCUUGAUGCCAUGCUUUCUCCAGUGUUAGCAAAUCCAUCACAGGCAACACUGCGACCGAACACUAAACGCAAGAUCAUUGACGCGUUAAAAGAGGAUUACUCUGAGAGGUUAGAAUUGGCUGUAAAGGGAAGGAAUGAGGUUGAAGAAGACAUCCUCAAACACAAAAAGAAAACCAGAGAGUUAACAGAAAUAAUGUCAAAGAAGAGGGAGGUCAUGCGAAAGAUGGAGAGAGAGCUCCAAGAAUUGCAGAAAGAAAUAUGGCAUGAGAACCAGGCUGUUCAAGCUUUGGAAAAUAGUUUGGAGCAGUUCACCAAAGAAGAGGAUGAAAUGCAGAAAAACCUGGCUGUUCUACAAGGUGUUGAUCCCGAACCAGCAGCCAAACAAAGCAAAAGCUCUGAUCAAGAGAGUACCCUCUGAAAAGGUGCAUUUUUAUAUAGAUGUUAGAAACUGGGUUGUUUUAUCAUAAUUAUUUUUAAGGACUGUUUGUAUGGAGAUUCCUUGUGCCUAAACCAAUGGAGCUGAAACAAGUUGUAGUCUGAAUAUUGAACAAAUGUUUGGUGUCCCAGUGAUGAACAGUUAUGACAGCUAGAUACUUGGAGGAGCAUUGUAUUCCCAUCUUUGAUAAUAAUAUAAAAACUUAUGCUUAAGGAAUAGAACUUAAAGAUGGCUUAUGCCUUAUGAGUUAGUUCCCUGAUCUGGGGUUCAUAACAGCCAGAGUAUAACUUAAAGGUUGGAACACACUAGGUGACAUGUUGCCGAGACAGAUUUUCACAAAAGUUCUCCAGUACCCCAUAGCAAUUUGUUGCUGCAACUUGUCACUUUGUGUGUUCCGCCCUUAAGUCAGCACUGCCCACUUUCUCUCAGUUUCCUAUAGGUAGAUUUGACUUUAAACUCCAAACCCCCAAAAGCUUUAAACACAUAGUAAUGUGCAUCCCAACCCACCAAUCAUGGAGCACCAUCCGUGAUUCUUAGUAACCUGCUACUUUCCAACUUUCUGAUUGGCUGAUGGUGACUGAAUUUUCUCGGCCAAUCAUAAAGUGCUUUUUAUUACAUUAUUUUGCAAAUGUGUACCAGGCAGAAUCAUCUUAGUUAUAAGUUAGAUCCAGAUUGAUGCCUCCUUGCAUUCCCUUAAUUAAUACGUUGAGGCAGAAUUUGAUAAAAGAUCAAAGCAUUUUCCUUAGGUGAUCAUUUUGUUGAUUCUGAUAACCUUUUCUCUUUUUCUGUGUAUGAAUAUUCUGAGGACAAAAUUGAUGCUGGCCUCUCUUGCGAUGUAUAUGUAAAUAGUUGAUGAAAGAGGGCCCACUUUCAAUUCAUAGUAAAAGAAAAUUCACUUCCAACUUGAUGAACAAGCCCACAGUCAAAAAUCAGUUUAAUUUUCAAAACACUUAUUCAUGGGCCUAGUAACAUUUUCAACCUCCCUCAAUGCUCAAGUGCACAUAUCUCCAGAGUUUAUGGGAGGCUUUAUGUAACAGGCAUAGUUUACACUUACUUCAAAAUUUGUGACCUGCUCCAAAACUGGAUUCCUUGAAUUUUCAAAAGCUUUCUUUAAUUGUAAAGAGCUUAUAACAAAGGUUUUGAGAAAAUACUGUAAAUUUUUAUGUUUAAUGUAUUAUGAUGUCCAUUUCUCAUUUUAUAUAACGAAGAGGCUGCAUUGUUUUGUUUUUAAACCAAGCAAAACACUUUUAGUUAAAACUAUAUACCAUACUCAAAAUUAAUAAUGAUAAUGUAAAGGUAUGUCACAUACCUUUUAUUAGCCACGAGUGAGGUCAUUACAGGGAAAUCUCAGACUGAGGCCUUGUGAGGUCAAUACACCAAGGCCAAGGUCUGAGAUUUUGCUGCAAUGACGAAACAGAUGAGGUUAUCAAGUUAUUUAUUUUAUGGCGGCCUUUUAGGUGCUAUUCUUAAAAAAAGAAUACAGUAGAACCCUGUUAAUACGGUCACCAACAGGCCCAAAACUUUGACCGUAUUAACAACGGUUUUUUACAAGAAGAUGUAUAGCUGUUUUGCUAGGCAGCCAAAAAAAGUGGCCGUAACAAUGAGGUGACUGUAUUACCGAAGUUGCUGUAAGUCGGGGUUUCACUGUACAGUAAAAAAAUCUUGCUGUUGCUGUGGCCCUGUUCAUCGCUUGUGCUAAAGAAGGGUCGGUAUGCCAGUAUUUUUUUUUGUUUCCUCCCUGGGCUCGUAGCUUUUACUCACAACUCAAAAAGCCGAGCCCAGAAAAAUUUUCAUAAUACCCGGCCUUUACAAGAAAACCUUGCCUGCUCAGCAGCCAGUCAGAGUGUGCAUACUAUUGUAGCCAUAUAAUAAAUAAAUAAAUUAUUGAUCAAGGUUAAUUAUAGAGUUUAAUGAAAAUAUAUUACAUCUAUUAAUAGUCAUGUCCGUGUUAUUAGAGACCCUCUUUUACAUACUGCUAUGAAUGGGUGUUUGAGACAUCUUAACUAUGCUCUUACCUGGAAAUUUGUUCUGUGCGGCAAUUUAUCUUUCCUAACUAUCUAGCUUAUUACAGUGUAAUUUUUUUACUGCAGGACCUGCUUUUAUGAAACUGAGAUAGUUGAACCCAGGGUUAAGAUAAAUUUUCACAAAGCUCUCUUGUGCAGUAAAAUCUAACUUGACCUUUAUUAAUAGUGUUGAGUCUUGACUCCAAGAUCCAACUAUGAUAACAAAGUGAUUUUUCCAACCAAUCUGCCGGAACAUAAAAUAAUUAAUGUAGUCAUUACUAGAAAUUGACUCCAAUCCUGGGUUAGUGCUAAUUGGCUGUUCUGGAACUGGGUCUCAGUAAUGUUGUUGAUUAGCUUUUAGUGGCAACUCAAUGAUUUUUUUUAACUACUUUACCUUAUAAGUGAGUCUAAUUCAUUUUUUAUUUUUAUGACUGAAGCACAGUCCUCGAAACAUAAAUGAACUUGUUGCGUAAAAAAAGAAAUGUCUGUCUUAAUAUUAAUUUUGUUCAUCAAUAAAUGUGAAGUUUGAAAGACUGAGACAUUUAUAGCAACAAAAAACCUU